GAAUUGUAUCUUUAUAAAUCCAGCACUCAUGUUUCACUCAUUACCUGCCGUCCCCAAGGGCAUUCCCAAUGGUCACACAAAACUCCAAGAAGUGACAUCAGAGACAUCAAUGGACGAUAUAUUCAAGUAUUUGAAGGAUGACGGAGGUGUCAUUAUCAAAGGCAUACUGCGGCCUACACAAGUCGAUCAGCUUCAUACUGAGCUUAGACCACUAUUGGAAAAAUUCCAACGGGGCUCGACUAGCGAUAUCGAGCCAUUGCAAGCUUUCCAUGGAAAGGUCACUAAACGUGCAGGUGGCCUUACGAAUAUCAGUGCUGUCUUUCGAGACCACCUAUUGGACAACGACUUUAUACACGCUAUCGCUGCGCGCGGUUUCGGUCAAGGCGGGCGGCCUGGAGUAGAUGCGUAUUGGAUUAGCAGUGCCAACACUAUCAACGUCGGCCCCGGUCAAGUUGCACAAGUCCUCCAUCGCGAUUUGGGCAACUACCCACCCUACUAUCUGCUUGGACCCGAAGGCCCUGAAUCACAACUGACCUUUCUCAUCGCGACUACCGAUUUCACUGACGCUAAUGGUGCUACUCGAAUCAUUCCUGGAAGUAACAACUGGUCCUUUGAUUUGGAAUGGGAAACUUCUCAAUCUAUUCCAAGUGAGAUGGAAGCAGGUGACUGCCUUCUCUUUGGAGGCAAAGUAAUUCAUGGAACAGGUGCUAACACAACUGACGCUGAGCGCAGUUGUGUAGCAUUCACAUUUUGCGCGAACUACCUAACGCCAGAGGAAGCGCACCCGCAUAUUGUAGAUCGCAAUAUUGUAGGGAAGCUUUCGAAGCGUGCCCAGCGCAGUCUGGGCUUCCGGUCUCAGUAUCCGCCAAACUCUCCUGGUCUGUGGAUGGAGGGUUACAAUGAAAUAGGAUUACGUCUUGGCCUUGGUCCCUAGAGGCC